UGUUCUUUGCUCAGCAAUAUUCCCACUGCUCUGGCAUUACGGCAUCACUACUGAAGAUUAUUUAUUCUUUGAGAUGCGUCAGGUUUUCAGCCUCUCCGACAAUGACCUUCAGACAUAAAAAUGCAAAACGAAUAGAAGGGCUUGACAGCAAUGUAUGGGUAGAAUUUACCAGGUUAGCGGCAAAUCCUUCAGUUGUUAAUCUUGGACAAGGCCUUCCUGAUAUAUCUCCUCCUAACUACUUAAAAGAAGAGCUGGCAAAAGCAGCCUUUGUGAAUAGGUUAAACCAGUACACACGUGGUUUUGGACAUCCACUGUUGGUGGAGGCCUUGUCCCAAGUUUAUGGAAAGGUUUGUGGAAGAAAGAUUGACCCGUACACUGACAUCCUGGUGACAAUAGGAGCAUAUGGAUCUCUGUUUAGUGCAGUGCAGGGACUCAUUGAAGUAGAAGAUGAAGUAAUAAUAAUAGAGCCGUACUAUGAUUGUUAUGUGGACAUGGUGAGGAUGGCAGGAGCAAAACCUGUCUGUAUAUCUUUGAGAUAUAAACCUGCAGCUGGAGGAGACAUUGCCUCUAGUGCUGACUGGGUCUUGGAUCCUGCUGAACUUGCAAGUAAAUUUAAUUCCAAGACAAAAGCUAUUGUACUGAAUACCCCUCACAAUCCUAUAGGAAAGGUCUAUACAAAAGAAGAGCUCCAGAAAAUUGCUGAUCUCUGUAUUAAGCAUGAUAUCUUAUGCAUCAGUGAUGAAGUAUAUGAAUGGCUGGUGUACGCUGGAAAGAAGCACAUUAAAAUUGCUACUUUGCCUGGAAUGUGGGAAAGAACAGUAACUAUAGGAAGUGUUGGGAAAACAUACACUGUAACGGGCUGGAAGCUUGGAUGGUCCAUUGGCCCCCAGCAUCUGAUAAAACAUUUGCAAGUCGUUCAUCAAAAUUCACUCUAUACAUGUCCGACUCCAUUACAGGAGGCUGUGGCACAAGCUUUUUUGAUAGAUUUCAAACGGAUGGAUGAGUCAGACUGCUACUUCUGCUCUCUGCCUAGGGAAUUGGAGGGCAAGAGGAACCAAUUGGGUCGGAUGCUACAAGAAGUUGGACUCAAACCUGUUGUUCCAGAGGGAGGAUACUUCAUGAUUGUUGAUGUAUCCACGCUAGGUGUAGAUUUAUCAGACAUGGAAGAGGAUAAGCCUUAUGAUUAUAAAUUUGUGAAAUGGAUGAUAAAAAACAAGAAGCUGGCAGCUAUCCCUCUCUCCUCAUUUUGUAGCCCGGAGACCCAACAGAACUUUGAGAAGUACAUCCGGUUUUGCUUCAUCAAAGAAGACAGCACAUUGGAGGCAGCAGAAAAGAUCUUGAAGAACUGGAAGAAACAUUAAUCCAGAAGUUAAUUU